AUGUACGCCGGCUAUGACACGACGGCGUCAGUCGCAUCAAAUGCUGUCUGGCAGCUGGCUAAGCACCCCGAGGUUUGGGACAAGGUAAAGGAAGAACAGGCCGGAGUCGUGGCAGAGUACGGACCUGUCUUCACGGAGGUAGCCGUCGAGGCCAUGGUAUACACGGAGGCCGUGGUCAAGGAGGCCAUGCGAGUGAUGCCCCCCCUUGCCGCCAAUUUCAAGAUCGCCACAAAGACCUUCGGCCUGGCGGGGCGCCGCAUACCCAAGGGUUGGAUGGUGGUCACCGCCACCGGGUCCACCGCGCAGUACUUCAACGACCGGUGGCCCAUGGACGCCGAUUUUCGCCCCGAGCGGUUCCUGACCGGCAAGGCUCCGGAUGCCUGCCAGGAUAUGGUCUUCGGUUUGGGCGCCCACACGUGCAUUGGAAGUCGUCUGUCCCUCGUGGAGAACACGGUGGUUCUCGCGACGUUGGCGAGGGGUUACGUCUUCAGCCUCGUAGAGGACGGCUCCCGCGUCGUCAGCGACCCGAUGCCCCGCCCCGAGAAUGGCUUGCCCGUGUGUGUGACCAGGCGGGGCGACCCGCGCAACCAAUGA